AGACCAUGGAAGCCAACGCAGAAGAACAAAGCAGCGAGUCAGGAGGACCAGAUUGGGCCGAGUUGACUACGAGUGCCUCACCAAUAUCUUCUCCCAACUUAACAUCCAGGACCGAUGGCGAGGCACCAUGCUUGUCUGCAAGUCAUGGCUCUGCGCCUUCAAGGGCCCUUCUCUUCACACCAUCUUCAACCUCGACCCUCAAUUCGAGCCUCCCCCGGAGCUUCCCAACUGAUGGGCCCCUUAUUUCGAGCGUAAGAUCGAUUCCAAGCUUUCUUCCGUGGUCCGAUGGAGCCAUGGAUCUCCAACCAAGAUCCGCGUUCGUCACUGCUCCGAUCGCUCUCUCGCUUUGGUCGCCAAAAGGUGCGAACUUGCCUCUCAAUUUGGAUUCCCAUUUCCUUCAAUUAUUUUUCGUUUGGAGAGUCAUGGAUAAUGUUGCCCAAAUCUUGAGGUGUUGUCGAUCAGGAGCUGCCCUCAUGUUACUGAUGAGUCUAUCUCUAGAAUUGCUUUGAGGUGUCCAAAGCUUAGGGAGCUU